UUCCAGCUGUUGGCUCUACAAUGCAGGCCGGAUGGGUGAGAGAAAUAGACAGAAAAGCUACAGCAAGAGAGACGACAGGAAGACUCGGAAGGGAAAGACGGAGUACAGAGAGAGGGAGGAAGGGACGCAUAAUGAGACAAGACGAAGAAACCCAUUCCAGCUGUGUUUCUAUAACAAAUAGAGCCGUGAGAACUUCAUAUUGAAGAACUUUCCACUGCACGCCAAGGGAACAAACAUUUACUUCUGACAUUCUUCUGGCAGUAUUAGUUUAUUUUUGAUCACACAAAACAUCUAGUUGUACAUGUUGAUGGGACGGAAAUAGAACCAAAGUUCAUUGGAUGAGAAGUUAUUUGGUCCUGUCAUUGUUUUGUGCAUCAGAAAAGGUCUCUCCUCAGCUUGUCGUUUGAAGACAAACAUGAGCACACACAACUCGACUCUGCUGGACAGCUUGUUUUUUCCCCCUCUCUGCGAUGGCUGGACCAACAACACAGAGGGAGCCAUCUACCAUUUGGGCAACACCAUGCUGUUCUUGGGCUACAUGGGAGGCAGCGGGGCCUACGGGUGUCUCUUCAUCUUCGGCUUCCUGACUCCCGCCUUCGCGUUCAUGAGCCUAUGGGGUUGGCUAACGAUGUGCAGCCUGGAUGUCUUCACCUGGAACCUGCUUCUGCUGCUGGCCUGCUUGGCUCAGAUCUGCCACCUGCUUUAUCGGCUGCACCAGGAGGGCAUACGCAGUGAAGAACUGACCGCCCUCUACCAGGCGGUGUACCUGCCGCUGGGCGUGCCCGUCCAGGUGUUCAAGGAGAUCGCCGGCGCCUUUGAGAACAAGGUGGUGGAGCUGAAGGCAGGAGAGAUGUACGCUGUGGAGGGCAAGACGCCAAUCGACCGGCUCUCCUUUCUGCUGUCUGGGAGGAUCAAUGUAUCUUUGGAGGGACAGUUCCUGCAUUACAUCCACCACCACCAGUUCCUCGACUCUCCAGAGUGGGAGUCUCUCAGACCAAACGAGGAGGGAAAGUUCCAGGUGACCAUGACAGCAGAGGAAGACUCCCGCUACAUCUCAUGGCGUCGCCGGCGCCUCUAUUUGGUGAUGUCAAAGCAGCGUUACAUCACCCGUGUCUUCUCCGUCAUGCUGGGCUACGACAUCGCCGAGAAGCUCUAUAACCUCAACAACAAGCUCUACAUCAAGAGCGGCGUGCUGUUGGACAUCCGCCUGCCCAGCCUCUACCACGUGCUGGCCCCCUCCUCGCAGGGCAGCGAGGGCGGCAGCGGUAGCGGCAGCGACGGGGGCACUGGCAAGGAGCAUCCGCAGGGUGAAGACCCGGCACCGGCCUACCAGAUGUCCGAUCCAGCCCAGUUUCAACCCCACCUGCAGGGACCAAGGCACCCCACCUUGGAUGAACACCAGGCCCCCCAGCAUGACCGCUAUCAGCACCCCUGGGCGUCAGACGGCGAGCUGCCCACUGGAGGGGAUAGUGACGGGGAUCUACCACCUCGAUUCCAGAGGGGCAGAGCGCCACUGGCUCCCACCGACACUCCCAAACUGUGAGAACAGUCUCUCCUGGAAACAGUAUAUUAUAUUAUUUACUGUAUAGCAGUAUGAAUGUGUCACAGCUCAAUUGUUAUGUCUCCUCACUCUGUCCCUGUUCUCACCUCACUUCACUCAUCUUUAGUCCUGAGCAUGAAGACUUUGUUUUUCUCUAUUUAAAUUGCAGUUUGAGUGAUGAGACAGCUAAUAUGGAUAUCUUUCAACAAUAAAUACUGUUGGGGCUGAUGUUUAUCAUCAUAAUAACUUCAAUUCAUUGAACGCCCACAAAUUACAAGUGCUUUGUGUUGCCUAAAAGUUUUUGUGUCAAGAUUUAAAGUCUCUGAAGCAGCAUUCAGGCCACCAAAUCUGCCUUAAAAUCCUAAAGACAGGGGGACCCACCACAUGUAUUCAACUUUAGUCAAACUUGUAGAUGUUUUAGCAUUUCAACGAACAUGGCAUUUACAAAAUCUAUAAUUCAACAACUGAGCGAACCAAUAAAAUGCUCAAAGAACAUUUAUAUUGUGUGUUUAUUUAGCUGCAGGGAAUCAUUAAAGAAGGACAUGUUGACUUGCAGAUAAACUGUAUCCAACAUUUAAUAAACUGUCCACAAUCUGUAUUAAAUCCUAAUUACACCAUGAUCUUAAGUGGCACUGAAACAUUACGGACAGAGGGACAGCCUUCACCUUACCAGCACAUUAAAAGUCUGAAAUUAUAUUUUUAUGUAAUAAAAAUGGAUUCUGUGAUGCUGAAACAGAUGAAUUUGGUUUUCAUCCCACUUAUAUUUGAUGUUAGAACUAUGACUUUGUUAGAACUAUGACUUUGUUUGAUUUGGACUUCACGUGAUUGAAUGUUAAUUUUUGAUCUUUGUUUUUUUUCACAACUCAUACUCAUUGUUACAAAGAGUAUUGAUUUAACUUAGUACGAUUACACAUUUUCUGGAUCUGACUGAUUUGAACAGACCUGCAUUAUACCCAAUUCUUAAUCCUUUCAAGAUCUGGAAAAUAUUUAGUUUUGCAUACUUCCUGAGAACUUUCCAGACAUGUGUAUGAAUACUUACAAAAUGUACAAAACCUGCAACUUGGCAGUUUAGAUUUCAUGUUUAGUUUAUUUAUCUGAAUGCACCAUUGAUGCCAAUUUCAUUUGGAGGUCAACCUCUUCUUCCUUUGUAACUGAGAACUGAAUACACACAUGUACGUAUACUGUGAAUUCCAUUAUAUCGUCCCGUUACUGCUUUGCUAAAUUACAAGAUGGGAUUAAAAUGAUGAAGUCAGUGUUUUUAAAAAAGUAUUUUCAUGGGCCAAGAUUUCUCCAUAAAGCUCUUUG